GCUAAUGUUAGCUGACUAGCUAGUUCUGCUGUUAGCUGCAUGCUUCCCCAGCAGUCAGUGCCAAUCAUAACUUAUAGGUCAUGUUAGAUCCAUAAAUAUGGUUUGAAAUAGCUUUACGGCACUUUAUUCUUAUAAAACAACACUAAAUAUUAGGCUUCGUGCACAAACAUCUUCAUUGUCUUUCUAAUUAGAUUAGAUAUUGGGGUAACAUUGGACUUGUUGCUAACUACUAGCUCUUACUUAUUAAGUCACAGCUUCUUUACAAGCCAACAAACCUCCGCCCCCCUACACUCAACUCUUCACUUCCCUCCCACCCGCUGCCUCUCUCGUUCUGCUCACUGUCCAGGCCUGAUGAAGCUGCAAGAAGUCCUGCAGGUGUUGGAGCAGCUCGCUCCUCUGUCUCUGGCUGAGUCGUGGGACAAUGUCGGCCUGCUGGUCGAGCCUAGCGAACCUCGGCCAGUUAAAACCAUCCUGCUAACCAACGACCUCACAGAUGCCGUCAUGGAGGAAGCGGAGGCCAUGAGCUGCGACCUCCUCAUCUCGUAUCACCCUCCGCUGUUUCAGCCAAUCAAGCGUCUGGUCCAGAAAAAUUGGAAGCAGCGAUUGGCCAUCCGGGCUGUAGAGGCCAGGAUGGCGAUCUUCUCCCCUCACACUUCCUGGGACAGUGUUAAAGGAGGAGUGAACGACUGGCUGGCCGGGGGACUUGGUAGCGGCCAGGUGUCUGUGCUCAGUCAGGCACUCGGAGGCGCCUCCCACAGUCACAAACUGGAGUUCACAGUGAAGAGCACAGAGGAACUGAACUCUGUGAUGGAGGAACUGAAGGCUUGUGACAGUGAAACAACACUACAACAUUCAGCCGGCAGACCAGACAACAGUUGGAUCCAUGUGAGCGUAACCUGCAGUGACUCAGCGCUGACCCCCAGUGUGCAGACUCUGUUACGACACAACGCUCCCAGCCUGUCCUUCAGCAUCCUGAAGUUAGAAAAGCCCCCUCUGCCGGGCCACGGCCAAGGAAGGCUUAGUGUUUUGGACCAGUCAGUAACCGUGGCAACAGCCAUCCAGAAAAUGAAGUCCCACUUGGGUUUGAGUCACCUCCGCUUGGCUCUGGGAUUGGGACAGACGCUCGAGUCCUCUGUGUGUACGGUGGCUGUGUGUGCCGGAUCUGGAGCCUCAGUACUGAACGGAGUCAAGGCAGACCUCUACAUCACAGGUGAGAUGUCCCACCAUGAAGUGCUGGACGCCGUGGCGAGGGGAACUAACGUCAUCCUCAGUGACCAUAGCAACAGUGAGCGGGGUUUUCUAACCGUGUUCAGGGAGAAGCUGGCCGUGCGUCUUCCUGACAGUGUGACGGUGGUGGUGUCGAAGGCGGACAGAGACCCUCUGGAGGUGGUCUGACCGGCGUGGAGCUACAGUCGACCUUCGUCCGUCGGACACUUAUUCUCUGUUUUGAUUGGAUAACAUUAACGACCUUUCAAAAGCACCUUCUGCUUUUUCUAAUGGUGCGAUUCAAAUAGAUGUGUGUGUGUGUGUGUGAAAUGAGUGUGUCCAUGCAAGCUCUUUAUGUAAAGCUAUACACAAAAUUAAAUUGAUUAGUGCCUCACGUAAGGGUUAAAAGUGCGUCCUAUGGUACAUGUUAUGCUAUUUGUCAUGUAUAUCGUGCACACGGGAACAGUAAUCCUCCUCAGAUCGAAAGGCUCCAUCGUAAACAUGCUGUAGGAAAUCGGGCAACCCGCUGUUGUGCAGGAAGCGUUCAAACGGCACGAACAUCUGCACCAAUCUGAGCCAACAAUGAACAUUUAAAGACAAAUGCCUCUGACGCCAUCUUUUCUUUCAGUAACCCGACCUUUAGGCCUCGGUGAGCAAACAAAGGUGGCUAUCAAAGCACUUAGCACAUACAUGUCAGAGAGCAGGCCUAUGGUAAUACCUAAUGCACUACCUGCCCCCACCCCUUCAGUAAUGGUAAAACAAAACAAAACGAGUAACAAUCCUCAUCAUGGGCUGUAACAGAGUCUGCUGGCUGACACACCUGUCAGUUCGUAAAAACAUUAAGAGACAUCACACACACCUCGCUGCCCCCAUCAAGGUAAUGACCUCUCUCUCAGUUUGGCGUUCACACCUCCACUUCCCCUUCUAGCUUUUAUCCCCUCCCACACACAUACAAAUGGAGAAGGAAAACAACAACUAGAACAACAUUUAUACGUCGCUCCUGUAAAGCGACUCCAGCUGUCACUCUUUAGUUGUCUGAGAGCAGGUAGAGUCGGGCCUCUGAAAGCAUUUUAAGAAGAUUUGUCUUCCUUUUCCAAGUAAUUCAGAGUAAUCCUGCUAAAGAGCCUCUCUGCUCUGUUGUCCAGUUCUUCAAAAAAGCACGAGAUUACCACGGUCAGUUCUUGCAUAAUAAAGUCUCGUAUGAAGAUUA